UUAGAUAAAAAUUUCAAAAAUUGUUUACAUAAGCUAAAUGUAAUUAAAAGUUAUAUAUCUUUAAAACUAGACGUUUCUGUACAUUCGCCUUUAUGGGAUUUGAUUACAUUUAGAAAAAACUACGUGUCUGCAAAAUUUUAUAAAAAUUAGAGGGUUGGAUAUGGAAGUCUUAUCAAUUAAGAUUUUAGACGUAUUCUGCAUAUGCUUUGACUAUUUGUUGAUCAGUUGACGAGUAUGGCUCAUCGAACAGUGUGCGCAAUCCAGUUUUGCGUCCCGCUUUUGGUUUGUUUAAAUAAAAAUUUUUAUACUCAUCUUCUAUUAAAAAUUUUUAUACUUAUCUUAUUUUUAAUAUAUUUUAGUGUUCAUAUGGCAUGAAACAAUUUGAAUUACAUUGAUUCGAUAAUGUUUGUAUUAAAUCGGCAUUAUUAAUUGCACACUUGAAAAUGAUCUAAAACUAAGGUUGAAACGUUGUAAUAUUAAUAAAUCUGACUAAUUUAGUCAAUAUAUUAUUCUCUUUGUUUUUUAAUCUUUAUAUUGUAAAUAUUUACGAUAUUUUUAUUAGUUAUUGAAUUAUCAAUUGCUUUUCACAGUAUUACAGCUAAUUUUAAAUAACUUUUUGUAUUUAAUGUUUUUACCACUUUUAUAUUUUAAUAUUUUAAAGGAGAUUUUUUGUGAAAGAUUUUUGCUUAUAUUUUUGUUUAUAUUUUUCCGUUGGUUAUUUCAAAUUCAGUGCGAAGCAGCAUCAAUCCAAGAUCAAAAGACCUUGCUUUGAAAGUGUUUGAAGAAAAAACUUUUUUAUGAUUUAUAUCUUUUGUAUCCCUUUUUAAAAAUCUGUUUGACUACAAAGAAGUUGUUUUUAUAAGAUGUUUAUAGUGCUUCUAAAUUUAUGGUUGAGCGUUUGUACGAUAAAUAUCAUUAAACAAAAUUAUUAAAAAAAAAAAGUUAAAAGUGCCAAGUGUGUCUGUGUGCUUCUUUAAGAAAAAUAAUUGACGCGAGAUUGUCAGAUCUCAAUAACGGUUCAACCGAUCGAAUUCUAACUAGACUCAAUCGAAAGCUAAGGGCCACUUGCACCAAGCUCUGAUUAACCUAAUCGUUGAUUAAAGGGUUACAAACUUGAGAACGUAAUGCAGUGUGACCAAUUGUACUUCUAGCGAUAUCAAGUAUUCUCUAUAUGAAUGACAGCGAUCUAACGCAAAGUCAUUUGUUAUUUUCAAUUCUCGAUAAUUAGAUUGAAAUCUAGCGAUAAGCGUAUGCAUGUUAUAUAUGUAAUACUUAUACAUGGCCAAUCCCUGUAGGUGGGAGAGCGAAAACAUCACGGUGCAGACGAUAUCGUUCUCUCUCUGUCUAUUUGUGUACUUCAUUCGCGACGCGCGUGCGCGAAUGGUCGAGCAUGCGCAUCGCGAACGAAGUACACAAAUAGAUAGAGAAAAUAAUAUCGUCAGCACUGUGAUGUUUUCGCUCUUUCACCUACAGGGAUUGGCCAUAUAGAAGUAUUACAUAUAUGAUGCAUGUAAGCAAGUGUCAGCUGAUAAUAGUGAGAAACGAACAGGGUUAACAACGUAUCUUACAUGAAAAUUUUGAUAUUUGUCUUUGUAUCGCGAUAUCUCAGCUCGUAGGACGUGUAAAGAAAAAUUAAAACAGUUUUAUUAUAUAAUUCAAACUUAAGUUAUCGAUUGAGCUCACUCAAAACUUGAUCAGUUCAGUCGUUAUUGAAAUCUAGUAAUUGAAAUCUAGUAAAUCUCAUAUGUUCGCAAAUGCUUGCAAGUCGUCAUCUUUCAUAAAGAACACGAUCCGUCUUGCGCUGCUUGUUUACUUGGUACGAGACACUACCAUAAUUCUCAAGAAUGUUUAAAAAAAAAAUAACAGACAUAGACACAAAAUUACCUUACAACGGACGAAAUGUUCGGCGAAAUUUAAAAUUUACAGAAAUCCCAAUUUCUACAAUGAAAACUAAAAGACUCAUCAGAGUUAGUAUGGAUAAUAUAAAUAAUGAUCCAAGAGAAAAAAAAUCAUGUUCAUUUACGAGAGAAAGUUUCUUAGUGCCCCCGAAUACCAUAAAAGAAUUAUAUAUUAAAAACAGAUUCAAACGAAAUAAGGACGAAUUAUGUCAAUUCCGGAUUUCAACAAUGGAUUCUGACAACAUAAACACGAAGAUUCCUAAAAUAUUGGAAAACAAUUCGUCUCUAAUAGAAAGUAUUAAUUCAAACACUGAUUCUCAGUCUUCGGUACUCAACUCUGCUGAUGCCAUCGUACGUAUGGAAAGGAACAAAACAUUAAUCAUACCGAGUAUAUCGUCGCAGACACUUAACACGAAUGAACAAUCUGGCAUAAACAUUUUGCAUUCUCCUCACUCAGAUCUCGCAGACACGAAUAGUGAUACGGCAAAAAUCUCAGAAAAUUUACAUUCUAAUGAGAAUCCGAAUAUUAUUAAUAUUUGUCAAAAUCGAAGCCAUAAUAACAAGCUUAAUGACGCUACUAAUGGAUCGCAGUUCUUUGUGGGUGAUAUGAAUGCGAAAAUAAAUGCUGAUCUGCACAAUGGUAACGAUGUAAAUCAAAACAUUUAUUGCACAGAUUUACCUGAUGCAGAAAAGGUAGAAGAGAUUUGUUCAAUUAAUAUUGAUAAAGACGAAUGUCUAGCUACAAAUAUUUAUCAAGAAGGUUUACAUUUGUCUCUGCGAACCGUUAAAACGUUAAGCGAGUCGUGCUUGAAUUCACAGCAUGAUACUAACGAUGAUGGUCAUGUGACUCUUAGUAAAACGGAAUUUACUGCUUUUGCAUCUAAACUGGAACAUCUCGUCAAUAGGCUGGAAGAAGAUACGGCUAGUCUAAAGUUAAUACUAACUAGCAUUAAUAAUAUGUUAUCUGUACCAAAUGUGGCAAGUAGAGAAAUUAAAGACAAUAAUAAAGCUGAGAUUAAACAAACGAUGGAAGUAACAAAGAAUAUAAAUGAUAAUAUAAAAGUGAUGGAUAACAUGGAUAAAUUAUCAUGUAUAACAAUUGUUAACAUUAAUACGGAACACAAUAAUGUUUCAAAGAAAAUUUGUAGAACGCUCGAUGUUAGAAAAUCUGAAUCAUUAAAAACAAAUGUAACGCAACUGAUGAAUCAAACAUAUGUUGCUUCUGGAGCCUCUUCUAAUAAAGAAAAUGAAGAUACUUUGAAUUCAUCAAUGAUGAAUCAGGAUAAAGAAUCUAAAUCCGGAGCAAAGAGGCGUUCCGCGCGCUUAAUGAAAAAGGUUUUGAAUGACUUGAACGUUUCGAACGAUAGCUUCGUGAAAUUGGAAAAUGAAUUAGAUAUUACCAUGAAAUUAAAUACGCCAAUUAAACCGCUCGCGAAUCGCACGCCCGCAAAGACUAGAUACAAAGAUAAGAUGGGAAGGCCUUUACAGGAGUAUAUGAACAUGAAAUCCCAUUUAAGUUGUUUGUUGACUCCUAAUAUCAAUCGAUUUAAUUCCUCGGAGUCGAAAAAUAAUGUAAAACGCGAUACUGAUAAUACGAAAACUGUGGUAUCAGACAAGUUACUUGAAGAACUUUAUAAUUUAUAUGAAAAUUCGCACUACCAGACAAGGAAGCGAAAGAUGUUGCGAAAGGCACUAUCUUUCAAAACAUUCAGGAAUUUGCCGCGUUCACGGAAGUCCCAAAUAACUUCCGUGAGCUUAUAAAAUCUCGAUACGGAACUGCUUCCGGGUUGUUCCGUAUCGAAAUAACACCUUACGCAGCACAAGUAAACCGCGUUCCAAUCGAAACGCCUAGCCUCGCGGAAGCUGCUAACAUCCGAUCACUAGCCACUCGAAAUUGCGCCACACAAUCGAAUAUGAGCAUGAAUGCGUCGUGACCGGGCGGAGAGAGUAAACAUAUUUGUGCUAUUGCGGACUACGUCUUAUUACGAUCGCGGACACCCAACCCGCAGUCCAUUCGAGCGAGCGAACAGCUGAUUGUAAUGAACAAUAAAGACCGAGUUGUUGUAACAGUGGAA